AUGAUAUUGACUGUUGCAAGUUGUCUUGUGCUAGAAACAUCACCAAUGGUAUUUCCAGCAAAUAUCAAAGUCGUCAUAACGGAUGGUACCUCCGACAUUUAUGAUGAAUAUAAUAACAAUAUGAUUUAUUCAGUGAGUUACUUUUUAAUUCAUCAUGAAUUUAAGCCUCAAGAUUCAUGGCGAAAUGAUGUGGCUUUGCUAAAACUAGAAAAAUCAAUUUCAUAUUAUACUGAUAGAAUGAAGGUUUAUUUGCCAACUUCAUGGGUUCAUCGUGCAACUGCAAUGUCGGUUAUUGGUUGGCAUAAUACAAAAAACUUGAAUAUUAUUUUGAUGGUAGUCCAAUCUACAAAAAAAUGUGAGGAGAUUUUUCAGAGUUUUAAUUUUCGUCAUGAUGAACAAAAGUGUGCUUUGGCAGAAUAUGAUCAUACAGGAAUAUCCGAGGGUGACAGUGGUAAUCCAUUAUUUCAAGGCCGAACAAUUGUUGGAUUAGUCUCGUUAUAUUUACCAGAUAAACCAAACAGCGUUAUUCUCACUGAUGUUUAUACACAAGUUCACUGGAUUAAAUCUACGAUUAUAAGAUUAAGAAUUUUAUUAAGAAAAUAA